AGGUUGGGUGUGGAUGUUUGGCAAAAUGUUGGAAGUGGUGUAAAUGUGACGUGAUUUUGAAGUGCGGUACAGAUCGUACAGAUUACUGUAUGGCGUCAGUUGUUUACUUUGCUUUCGUAAUUUGCCAAAGUAACUGAAUUUUCUGUUGCAGUGUCAGUAACAUGCUCUGAACUCGAUUUCAUACAAACACGCAAUUUGUACUUUUAAUUGACAAUGUCGGUGGAGGAGCCACCGACUCUGAGAGAUGUUCAGGAUUUUCAGUUCAAACUUCAUAGUCGACUGAGAAUUUUCACAGCACAAGAUGGAACAUUCACGGGAGCUGUAAAUUUGGUAGCUGCAGCAAGUAAAUAUGGACUUAUAUUUGUGGGGUGCCCGACAGGUAUCCAAGUUAUUAUGUCCUCAAGCAUCCUUGAAUUGGAAUCUCAAAGUGGUGGUGCUGGAGGGGAGAUUAUUAAUUAUCCUCGACGAGAAAUAUCACUUCCCUCGCAGCCUUCCCAUCUGAAUGUCAACUGUGAUCAGAGUCAUCUAGUGGUUGCCAUUAAAAGAGAUGGUUGUGCUCAUGCUCUUAUAUAUAGUCUUCCAUCAUUUGUAGCGAAGGACAUUGUCCUGGUGACUGAAGUGCGACUGUCAUCCAAACCUGACACAUCAGUUCUGGAGUUAACAUGGAAUCCUGGUAUUACAAAUAUUUUGGCUGCCUGUCUGUCUGAUGGAAGCAUGGUGGCUUAUGAACUAAAGUCCUCUGGAGUUGAUAUCAGUACUCUUCCACCUGCUACCCAAGCAACUUGCUUCUGCUGGAGUCCUAAAGGCAAGCAGCUGGUUGUUGGCUGUGAAGCUGGAACACUAACACAAUACAAACCAGACUUGAAAGCUGUGAAGACUUUUUCACCUCCAAAUCUUGGGAGUGGCUCUGUGUCUGUUGCUAGUGUACUCUGGCUGUCCAACUAUCAAUUUGCAGCUAUAUACAGAGAUAAAAUCAACACAGAUGAGCGUCCAGGUUUGCUGAUUGUGAAUGCUCCAAAGACAGGAGCAUUAAGCUUUGUGAACUAUGAGGACAUCUGCUAUAGUGGCGGAGACCUGCGGCCACCACAGUAUUAUUUCAUUCAUCAGCCAGCCUGGAGUAUACUUAUGAUGGCAUCAGCAAAUAGCAUGGAAGUAGGCGUUAUGGGCUUGCAGGAGGAUCAAAUUUCAUGGGAGCAGUGGACCCAGGAGGAUGCUGCUCGAGCUGAGUUGCCCCUCUCACUGAACAAGCAGGAGACAUUUCCUGUGGGCUUAGGGUUGGAUACGAGCACUCAGCAUGAACUUCCAUGGGGUGACAACCAGAGAAUUGCUCCUAUGCCUGUGCUUCACAUUUUGUCCCAUCAGGGUGUGCUGUGUCUCUUCUAUGCAGUCAAUCUACGACCUGGCGCUGCUUGCAUCUGCACACCACCUGAGAAGUUACAAGAUGAGAGUGGCCUAGCAUUGUUUACUACUGUUACCAUGCGAGAUCAGAGCGGUGCUCCACCUGAAGUUAUUCUGGCUGCAUCCCCGAACUUUAUUACAAGGGAUGAUGUACCAAAAACUCCCAAUCAACCACUUGAGUUUUCAACACCAUUACAUAGUGGAAGUGCAGUAACAUCACCAGGUGAUGGUCAGGGAGGAAUGCGAUCUCACCUAGCACAGGACUUUGAGAGCAUGAGUACAUCACAGGCAUCUGGUUCAUUCGGGUUUGGUACACCCCUACCAAGUGUGUUGUCCAGUAGCUUUCAAGCUGGCUUGACUAAUACACCAUCCAUUAGUUUUGGUGCUAACACAACUGCUGCACCAGCUACUAGUUUUGGUGCUGGAUUAACUGGUACACCACUAUCUGGUUUUGGUGCUAAUCUGACUGGUACAUCAUUUCCUGGCUUUGGUGCCAAUCUGAGUGGUGCAACAUCAUCUGUCUUUGGAACUGUUAUGAAUAACCCAUCAACCACCAGCCUUAGUACAGGCUUCAGUUGUACGUCUACUAGCAGUUUUGGCACAGGCCUGAGUAAUCCACCAUCUUCUGCUUUUGGUACAAGCCAUGGUACAGCAUCAUCAAUAAGUUUUGGCACAAAUCUUGUUACUCAGUCAUCCCCUGGCACUGUUUUGUCACUGAGUAAUCCACCAAGCACUGGGUUUGGUGCAGGUCUAAAUCUAUCUGGCAGUGUUGUUCCUGCAGCAAAACCAACAUUCAGUUUUCUUUCAAGCUCAUCUACAACUGGUGCCUCUAGCUUGAAACCGGCUCCAUUACAGACUGCUACCAAUUUCACUUUCACAGCACCUGCAAUCACUUCAUCACUGGUGACUCAACAGAUUUCAAAACCAGCAACUCCACUGGUAAUUCCUCAGCUACCGAGUACGUCAAUUAAACCACAACCCAGCUUCCUUGGCAGCAGUUCAGCAUCAUUAUUGCAGAACCAAGAACAGACGGUUGACAAUUCAGUCACUGUUACUAAAAUCCCAUCUGCAUCAGUUCUUUCAUCUCAGUCAGCUAAGACUGAGGCUCCUGGAGUGUUAGAAGAUAAGGUGCCAACAAGCCAGAUGAAGCAAGUCACACCCCCUCCAACUGCUGCUCCAGCGAAACCAGCUGUGUCCCAAACAGUCAAUAACAGCGUAUUUUAUAAUGCCAUCAAUGAUGAAGUUGUACACUUUGGUAAUGAACUGGCUGCAUUACGUUCCAGAGUUAAUGGAAUUAAUGUUCAAGUGGGAACUGGGGAAGAAAAAAGGAACCUGUGUGAAAAAGCAGAUGCAAUGGAUAUUUUCUGGCGGGACCUGAAGGACACAACGCAGGCUCAGAGUUCGGAAAUACGUGGCCUGAAGUCUGUGCUUAUGGAAGCUUUUGCUUGGGUUGAAGAAGCAAAAUCUCGAUUACAGCAGCUAAACUGUCCCAUGUAUAUUCACUUGUCUCGAUCACAAUCCUUGGAUCCAGUGAGUGCACGGUGCACUGCCAGCAUCAAGCAGCUCAUUUAUUAUGUGGAGAACCAACUGCGUCAACUGAAUGAACAACUUGACAGCCAGUGGAUCGAUUUUCAGGAUUCUUGCAGGCCAAGUGUUAGGAGUAAGAUGUAUAUUCCCUCAUUGGAAUCGCUGUACCAAGCCAUGGUAAUGCAGAAUAACAUCCUCAACAAACAACGAGCUAUCAUGGCUGACAUUGCUCACAGAGCUCAAGAACAAGGGAGGAGCACACAGAUUCCUCUUAUUUCUAGUGCAGUUCUUGCCCGAGUUCGUGACAAGGAGGAUACACAGCUGAGCAAGGGGGAAACUGAACUAUCCCGGUUGGCCGAAAAUCUGGUGAAGAUGAAAUUGGGACCAUCCAAUGUGCAAACGAUCUAUGGAAUGGGAUUGAACUACCAUCGCCUAUCUCGAAAGAAGGAGUUGCUUUUGAGGGAAAUGUUGUCUCAGAGAACUGCGACACGAGUACGCCUUGCCAAACCAUCUCGCACAACAGUGGGUGGAAUCUCUGUGGGCAAACCUAUAGUCAGCAAAGUUUAUACUUCAGCCGUUACACCAUCUGUGACAUCACCUGUGACACCAGUUUCAGUUGCAGUAUCCUCCAAGGACACGUCACGGCUUUCUGCUGGUGUGGCUGUUACUGAGCUGAAACAGUCUUCUCCUACGGUUAAUGUUACGAAACCUGGAUCUUCUCACUCUCCCCUGUUUUUAUUUGGGGCAACUAGAUCUGGAGAAUUGGAUACCGUCAGUAAAAGUUUUCCCACUAGAGCUUUCUCAUCAGUAGGUGCAAAAUCUGGUCCUGCAAGCAAAGAAAUCCCACCUGGCACAAGUAUGGCAGCAUCCAGUGGAAUAUUUGCACCCACAGUUGAGUCCAGUAAAGCAAAACCUAACGUACUUGAUAGUAGUCUGUCCAGAUCAAGGAAUCAUAUAAGUGAUAUGGCAAGUAAAAGUAAUGCAGUUGGGGAUCUAUCAUUUUCUAGCACACUUCACAAUGGGAAACCUGUUGCAUCUGGCAGUUUUUCUUUUGCAGUGGGGCUUAGUAAAGCUCCUUCGGUUGGUAAACUUACUGAUUCAAGGAAAAAGUUGGAGGAUUAUUAUGAAGAACUAACACCGCCUGGAACCCCAGAGUAUUCACAUGGAGGUGUUCCUUCCACAGGAAGUUCUGUUUCUAGUUCACCAUUUACAUUUAAUUUUACUGUUACACCAACCACCACGAAAGCUGGCACUGUUUGUUUAAGUUCUGCUAGUGAAAUAGGCAGUUCCUUACAGAAGAGUCCACUUGUGUCCCUAGAUAGUAUUGUAGCAGGUAUAGGAGAUGCCAGCAGUGCUUCUGAUACUACAGCUAAGGCUAAUGUUGAUAGGAACUCCAUUGCAGCUUCAUCUGCCAAUAAUGCUUCUAGUGGAACAGCGUUUUCAUUUGGUCCAUUAUCUGUUAGCCAGCCCCAGCAAGGGGGAACUAGAUUAGGAAAGGCUGAUGAACCAAAAGAGCCCUCUGAUACUUUUAGGUUUUCCCAAGCAGGUAUAUCCUUUGACUUUGUGGCUGCUCCUCCAUCUUCAGGCACUGGUGGCAUUAUCUCUCAAGCUUCCCCUUUAAAGACAUCAGCCACAACAACAGACGUGAGCUUGAAGACACCCUUUGUAACAGGUUUUGGCACUCAAAACCAUGAGGGUAACUCAGCACCUCAAGCAAACAUAUUUGGUGGUGGUGAGAGCCAGAAACUUUCCUCUUCACCAGUUGCAAGUGGAAGCACUUCAGUUUCAGGCAGUUCAACUAAUAUCUUAGCUCAGUCUCCAACAUCUUUGUUUGGAAACCUCAGUACAGGAUCACCCGUCAAGCAGCCAGCAUCAGCUUCAUCUGAGACAACACCAGUAUUAAGUAAAGGAAGUACAGAUUCUACCUCAGCACUUGUCACCCCUUCUAAAGAGGCUGAACCACAGAAACCUGAAUCUUCACCAAAAGACCAAUCUUCUGUAAUGUUUACUGCUGCAGAUGAGAAUCACUUCUCUCAGAGCACAUCCCUGUUUGGGAGCUUGUCUAUUGGAUCAGGAGCACCUUCAAAACCAGCUUCAUCCGAAAGUUUAUUUGGAGGUGGAUCUGCCCCUGUUGCUCUAAAUUUAAUUUUUGGUAAACAGCCAGCUUCCACUGAAAGCCAGAAUGUCAGUGAUGUAAAGAAUGCACCUGAAGCUACUGAAGAUGCUGACUCAUCAAAAGAACAUUUACAAAAAUCUGAGUCUCCUUCAAAAAAUACUGAGGGCUCUGCAUCCAAACCAGUUACUACUACACCUGGUUUUAAUCAGACUCCUGCUCCUCCCGAUGACAGCUCUCAGUCUUCACAGGUGACCGAGGCCCAGGUGGUGCCAAGCACCUCAUCAGUAUUUGCUGGUGCAAAGACUGAAAAUACAACAGCUUUCAGCUUUUCUCAGUUAGAUUCCAGCCUAAGUGGACCUCAGACAUCAGCAGUUUUUGGUCAGACACUACCCACAGCACAAUCUCUAACAGGAUCCAUAUUUGGUGCUUUAGAGACACCACAGCUAACGGUGGCACCUGUGACAUCAGCUAUCAUCACUUCCCCAACAACACAGACCACUUCUUCUGCAAGCACAACAUUCAGCUUUGCCCUUCCAACUUCAGUAUUUGGUCAGAAAAGUACAAAUAUAUUUGGACAGUCAGUCAGCUCGGCUGCCCCAGCCACAUCAAGUGGCUCUUUGUUUGGUCAAUCUAUUUGUAGCCCAACAGCAUUUGGACAGAGUGAAGGAAGUAUUUUUGGACAACCUCCAGCUACAACAGCUGGCAGGACAAACAUAUUUGGACAAACAAGUGCAACCACAACCACUCCAUCAGUAUUUGGCCAAGGAAACACAAAUACUACACAGUCCAUAUUUGGUCAGGCCUCAUCAACAUCUCUUUUUGGCCAAGCACCUUCAGGUUCUUCAUUAUUUGGUGGAGGAUUUGACAGGAAACCUGCAUUUGGACAGUCAGGGGGAUCAAUCUUUGGACAGAGUGGCAGUUCUGGUUUUGGAACAAGUGGAGGUUCAAUUUUUGGAGGGGGCACAUCUGUGUUUGGAGGCUCAUCACCAUCAUCAGCUGGCAAUGUCUUCCAGUCUUCAACUGGUGGAAGUAUUUUUGGUGGCAGUUCUCCAAGCAGUGCGAGUAGCACUGGUGGUGCUUUCAGUUCUGGCUUGGGUCAGAGCAUCAGUCAGAGUGGCUUUGGUUCACCACCUACUUUCCAGAACAAACCAGGUGGGUUUGGAGGCUCUCCAGUUUUUGAUCGAGGUGCAUCAGGAUUUGGAUCUUCACCUACCUUUGGUGGUGCUCCUAUUUUUGGUGGUUCACCAACCUUUGGUAGCCCUGGGAAAAUAUUUGGAUCCACUUCUCCAACAGCUUCUAUUGGUUUUGGAUCAACAGGACAGCAGUCAUCAACAUUUGAAAGUCUUGCCUCUCAAAGCACGAUGACAUUUGGUAACCUUGCACAAAAUCAGAGUCCAGGAUUUGGUUCAUCAUCGCAGUCUAUUUUUGGAGGAAAUCAGACUCAACAGCAAGCCAGUGUACCGGCAUUCUCUACAGGAAGUAGUUCUUUUGGUGGCAGUUCCUUCUCAAGCUGGAGGUGAAAUGAAAUUAAAAUACUGAAAAUGAUGAAAAUUUCAAACUUUGCACUUUGGUGAAACAAGUUCAGUAUGGGAAAGAAUAAAUAAUUGGAUUUUUAUCUUAAGAAGUAGUACCAUUACAUUUAUUAAUGUUCAAGAUAUAUUUUGUAUGAUGUAAGUGCUGUAUUGUAACAUCCUUUUCCAAAAUAAAUUACAAAGUAUUUAUUCUCUGUUGUUCGGUGAA